AUGUCUAUGGCAAAUCGAAGGCCAAACCAUGUUUGUGGCGAAAUGGUGGGGGACCUUAAGUUCUUGUACCCACAAACGGCAAAUAAAACCAAUCUAGAGGUGGCAAAAGUGUUCACUAUUAUCGACCCUAGAGUGCCACUACCGGAAGCGGUGAAUGCAAGAUUUGAAUCAGGUGAAAUACGACGGAUCAGAGUCUCAAGCCCGUGGAUGCCUCCGUUUUGUUCUUUCUGCAAAGAGGUUGGCCAUCCUCUCAGGCGGUGUAAGAAAGCCCCCAUCACGUGUAAAGCCUGUAAGUCUACAACUCAUCUACAGGCUGAAUGCACGCGCUCAAAGGCCAAAACAUCCGCCAAAACUGAGAAAGAGCUCAAAAAGAAACCCUCCUCAAAAGCUAUUCAAAGGGUGUAUAUGACAGUUGAUCCCCAGCGGCAUUCUACUGCCUCUUUAAAGAAAUCUGCUAGCUCUUUUAAGAACAUGGAAAAUAGAGAAACAAGCGACAAAGUAGACUCUUCUGCCAGAGGCUCAAUCGAUCGUGUUUCAUCUGAUCAUGGCAGAUCAGAAACUUCAGCUGAGGAAUCUGACUCCUCUGACUUGGACUCAUCAGAAUCUCGUUUCAGUGAUGACUCUGGAUAUACGGAUGUUAUUUCUGCGCGUCAGAAAAAGAAGGAUCGGGGCAGGGGCCCCAAACUCAAGUAA